AUGCCAGAACCAACCAACGUUGGGGAACUUCGAGCCUUUCUUGGUCUCGUGCAAUACUAUGGUCGAUACGUCAAGUCACUUUCAGAUCUUUUCGCACCGCUCAAUCAGCUUCUGCGGAAUAAUGUGCCUUGGGAGUGGUCAUCAGGUCGCGCCCAGGCGUUCAGGGAGAUCGAACGUCGACUCACGUCCAUCGAUUCCUUGGCGCAUUUCGACCCUAGUCAAACUCUCGACAUGGCUGCUGACGCUUCCUCGAGUCCGGACCCUGAUUUCGAGGCUGCGAUUUCGGAUGACGACUUCCUCGUGGGGAGUACUGGAUCGCCGAAUGUCUCUUCCGUCCUCUCAGUAGGUAUUGAUAAAAUUCCGCUGAAAGCGUCUGCAAUUGCCAAGGCCACUGCUUCAGACCGGAUCCUUUCUAAGGUCUACCGUUACAUCAUGGAAGGUUGGCCUUCACGUGAACGGGACCCCGAGCUUCAACCGUACUACCUGCGCAACACUGAGCUGACAACAGAAAAGGGUUGCACCAUAUGGGGCAUGCGCGUUGUCGUCCCGUCCCAGCAUCGCAACACUGUCCUCAACCUACUUCAUGAUGGUCACAUUGGGCAAACAAAAAUGGCGCGCUCCUAUGUAUGGUGGCCAGGAAUGGACAAUGACAUUGAACUGACUUGUCAGCGCCUGCCAGACUGCGGAAGUUUACCAGCAGCGACGAAGUUUGGGUGA